GAUGGUGAGACACUGAUAAAAGCCAGCGUGAUACCAGAGCAGAGAUAAUUACAAAAAGACAAGGAAAGACUUAGAAAAACAGGAAAGACAGGAAAAACUUAAUGCAACAGAAAAUGAGAAAACGUAAAUAACUAAAAUAACUACAUAUGUUAUUUAGAGUUCUUGACAUUAACUCUACAGACACAUGUGCAUUUAUUUAUUUUAAUGCAAUUUGGCUGACACAGCGCCCCUAAUAUCUGUGCUUUACUUAGGUCUUUACUUUUCACUCCAUUCUCCUUCAUUGUACUUCAGGGAAAGUGUAAAUUUAAAGUACUAUUAUUGCAAUAGCAAACUAAACAUAAUUUCAGGAAGAGUUAGUGAAUUAUGGAGGCACCAGCCUUAUGAGCCAAGAAGUUUCUUACAACUAAAAACGGAAAUGUUGAGCAGGAUUUGACAGGGCUUCAGUUUCACAGAGCUGCAUUUCUUCCUGGAUUGAGUCAAAGCUCGAUAAGCCCUCCCUCUUCUCUCUGAUGCCAAACACUGCUGCAGCUCUACUCUGCCCUCAUGUUUGCUUGUUCCCUCCCCUUCUGAUCUAGAGUUUCAAGACGAGUGUAACCAACAUGGUGGUGAAGUGCAGGAGCUGACAGGCCUCAUUGGCUGCAGAAACACGUGUUGUUUAGCUCACAGAUCAAACUGCUUUCACUUUUGAGGAACUGAAAGUCAGACAGUCGUUGUCACUGAGAGGCGAAAUGGCGCAGAAAGGAGCUCAGCUGGACCAGGAAACCUUCUCUUGUUCCAUCUGUCUGGAUCUACUGAAGGAUCCGGUGACGAUUCCCUGUGGACACAGCUACUGUAUGAACUGUAUUAACAGCUUCUGGGAUGAAGAGGAUGAGAAAAGAAUCUACACUUGCCCUUGCUGUAAGGAGACCUUCACACCCAGACCUUUUCUAAUGAAAAGCAACAUGCUAACAUUUUUAGUAGAGAAAGUAAAAAAGUCUGAUCUCCAACCUGGUCCUGCUGACCACUGCUAUGCUGGACCUGAAGAUGUGGCUUGUGAUUUCUGCCCUGGGACAAAAAUGAAAGCUUUCAAGUCCUGUCUGGUCUGUCUGGUCUCUUACUGUAAGAAACACCUCCAACCUCAUUAUGAUGUGCCUCCAUUCAAAAAACACAAGCUGGUGGAGCCCACUGAGAUCCUCCAGGAGAACAUCUGCUCUCGUCAUGAUGAGGUGAUGAAGAUGUUCUGCCGUACUGAUCAGCAGUGUAUCUGUUAUCUCUGCCCAGUGGAUGAACAUAAAGGCCACGACACAGUGUCAGCUGCAGCAGAAAGGACUGAGAGGCAGAGGGAGCUCGAGAUGAACAUCCAGCAGAGAAUCCAGGACAGACAGAAAGACCUGAAGGUGCUUCAACAGGAGGUGGAGGCCAUCAAUCGCUCUGCUGAUAAAGCAGUGGAGGACAGUGAGAAGAUCUUUACUCAGCUGAUCCAUCUCAUGGAGAAAAGAAGCUCUGAUGUGAAGCAGCAGCUCAGAUCCCAGCAGCAAACUGAAGUGAGUCGAGUCUUGGAGCUUCAGGAGAAGCUGGAGCAGGAGAUCACUGAGCUGAAGAGGAAAGACGCUGAGCUGAAGAAGCUCUCACACACAGAGGAUCACACCCAGUUUCUACACAACUACCCCUCACUGUCAGCACUCAGUGAGUCCACACACUCAUCCAGCAUCAACAUCCGUCCUCUGAGACACUUUGAGGAUGUGACGGUUGCUGUGUCAGAGCUCGGUGACAAACUACAGGACAUCCUGAGGGACACAUGGACAAACAUCUCAUGGGCAGUAACUGAUGUGGAUGUUUUACUCUCUGAAUCUCAGCCAAAGAUCAGAGCUGACUUCUUAAAAUAUUCACAUGAAAUCACACUGGAUGCAAACACAGCAUACAGACACCUGCUGUUAUUGGACGGGAACAGAAAAGCAAUCAGAGUAAACCCAGUACAGUAUCAUUAUAGUCACCCAGACAGAUUUACUCAACACAAUCAGGUGCUAAGUGCAGAUAGUUUGAGUGGACGUUGUUACUGGGAGGUGAAGUGGAGUGGAGAAAAUUAUGGAGUUGAUGUAGCAGUUGCAUACAACAAUAUUGGUAGAGAAGGAUUCUCAAAUGAAUGUGCAUUUGGACGUAAUGACAAAUCUUGGGCAUUAAGAUGCAACAGAAACACUUAUGUGUUUUUGUACAACAAUAUCACAACUCCAGUCUCAGGUGCUCAGUCCCACACAGUUGGGGUGUACCUGGAUCACAGUGCAGGUAUUCUGUCUUUCUACAGCAUCUCUGAAUCCAUGACCCUCCUCCACAGAAUUCGGACUACAUUCACUCAGCCUCUCCAUGCUGGACUUUGUGUUUAUCAUGGAAGCACCGCUGAGUUCUGUAAGCUCAAGUAGAAACAAGUUAUUUAAGGUAGACUAGGUUAUGUUCUGUUUCAUUUCAUUUCAUGUCCUUUUAUUUCCGUCACUGUUGCUAAAAGAUGACGUGUAACAGUAGUUUUUCUAAAAUGUUUUGUAAAAGACAACUUUAUGAUUGGUUAUUGUCUUACAAUGCGAUGCCGAAUUCAUGUUAGCUACAGUAAAGACAUUGCAUGUGACAGUUCAUACAUUGAACAGGGAUAUAGAGCAGACAGGCCUGGAGAGCAGAGGAGAGCAACUGGUAAAUAUGUUGUAAAUAUGUGAAUAAAAACAUUUUGCUUGCUUACAA